GUGUGUGUGUUAAAAAAACAGGGUAUAUGAAAACGGCUUGCGAUCUUCCUCUUUACGUAUUUAGGCUUCGGAACUUCUGCCUGCACCCCGAAAAUUCGAAUUGCGCUGAAUUACAUCUGAAAUCCGGAAAAAUUGAGAGAGAGGAAUCACACAAAGAUGGUCAGGCCUGUGAAAUAUGAAUUGGGCGCUAGCAAGGUUGGUUUUGAAGCGCCUGCUACCCCCGCCUCUGCUUCUCAAAGCAACGAAGAACGAAGAGAUCUUCGCUCUCGCUACCAGUUCGUGAAGACCCUUAUUCACGAUGAAAGGGAAGACAUUACAAGGCCUCACUCUGACAAGUUUGAUUUGAUCUUUAGAGACUUGGAGAGCUUAAAUCAACGAGUUAGAAAACCCAGAGAACAAGUGGCUGAUGCAAAAGCUCUUCUGGACAUCACGGAGUGCUUGGCAUCGACUGUGAAAGCUCACAUCAGUGAUGGCUUGACUCCUUCAGACUUUAUCUUGCGUAUCCUUAGCGAAUUUGGAGAACGGUGUGGAUCAAAUACUAGCGCUCAGGACUGCAGGAACUCAAUAUUUUGGAAGGAUAUUGGAGUUGCUGUGUCAUGUGUUUUCAAAGGAGGUGCCGGGUGCUGCACCAUGAUUGGCCCCAUGGAUACUGAAAUAAAUCAGAGGAAGACUAUUAAUCAAAGAAAGCGAAUGAGACCCACUAAAAUUGCUCGGCCAGAAGAGCUUGAUGGUUUUUCCAGGGAAAAGAUAGCUGAUACUGAUGAAAACAUGUUAACCAUGUUUAAUAUCUUGAGGAAAAACAGAAUUGUCAAACUUGAAAAUUUGGUAUUGAAUAGGAACUCUUUUGCCCAGACAGUGGAGAAUUUAUUUGCUCUUUCCUUUUCAGUCAAAGAUGGGAGGGCCGAAAUAAAAGUGAAUGAGAAUGGAAGCCAUAUAGUUUUACCGAGAAACGCUCCUGCUGCAAACGCAGUUCUUUCUGGGGAAGUUUCUCACAGUCACUUCGUCUUCAGAUUUGACUUUAAAGAUUGGAAGUAAUCAAGUGGUUCUGCAUACAGCAAUUGAUUUGCUAGGCAGGCAGAAGACAACGGAACAGGAAUAUCUGGCUGAUCCUGGAAGCUCUACUUUUUAAUGCAUGCAUUGCAUGUUUCACAUUAAAAUAUAAAUCAUCAUAUGGGUUUGUAAAUUGCAACAAAGUUGCUGGUAUUUCUGAGUUUCUUUUUCAGUAUGUAUUUUUUCCCCUUGGCAAUGUAAUUAUAUGUGAUCUUCCUGACAGAAACCAUCUGUGCAAGAAGGGCACACUUGGUCCAAUUUCUGUUAAUGUAUUUGGGCUGGCUCAUACGCUAUUGCUGAAAGAAGUUAUAUGAACCUGCUAGUUCUUCGUUGCUUAAUGUCUCUUUAAUAUGCCUUACCUUACGUGA